UAUUCCUCCAGUAUAUGCCCUGCCUCUGAUUAGAAAAAGAUAAACUUUUCUAUACUGGGUUAAUGACUCUUCUAUAGAAUCAAAUCUCUAAGGAACCUUCUUUGAUAGUAAACACUAGAAAAUAGACACAUCCAAAACUCAUUUAUUGCCUGGUUCCCUAUACAUUAGUCCAACAAAUCUGUCAGAAUAGCUAAUCUCAUUAUUUGCAAGGCUUCGGACUGCAGUUUUCUAAGUAGACUCCGAGCGCCGCUGUUGGCCAAUGCGCUGCAAGAACUGGAGUCCACGAUCUACCUAAGUGGUUUUCUGCGCAGUCACGGAAGCAGUUCUGAAAGGAGAUAAAGUCCAGUUUCGGGCUCUCUGCUCAGCAAAUGAUUUUGGAAUAUGGAAUGGAAUGCCUUGAAACAGAGUGUUGAGUUUUCUACGCGUUAGCAGUAAAUAUUUUAAACACAAUUUGUAAAGCAUCUUCUCGUUACAUCUGAGGCUGCAGCAGUGAAGAAAAGGAUGGGAACUAGGGCGAAGCAGAGGAGCCAUACCGGGCAGCGGCAAGUACUCUUUCCCUUCCUGCUGCCUUUGUUCUGUGGGGGGCUCUGUGAGCAGAUCCGCUACUCUAUUCCUGAAGAAAUGGCCAGGGGCUCAGUAGUAGGGAACCUUGCUGAAGACCUGGGGCUGCAUGUACGGGAUUUACUGAACCGCAACCUCAGAGUUAGUGCAGAGAAACAAUACUUUACCAUAAACAGGGAGAAUGGCAACAUACUUGUCAGUGACAGAAUAGAUAGGGAGUCGCUCUGUCCCCAAAGCACCCUGUGUGUUGUGCCCCUAGAGAUCGUGGCAGAGAAUCCUCUAAAUGUUUUUCAUAUAACAGUGAGGAUAGAAGAUAUAAAUGACAAUCCACCGUAUUUCCCCCAAAAUAGCAUUGUUUUACAAAUCAAUGAACUUGCAAUUCUAGGAACUCAGUUUGGUCUGGAAUCUGCUAUAGAUGCAGAUGUAGGACCUAACUCUCUCCAGAGUUACCAACUCAGCUAUAAUGAGUAUUUCUCUCUGAUGGUGAAGGAUAAGAUUGAAGGCAAGAAUGCCCCAGAAUUAAUAUUGGAGAAGCCCCUGGACCGGGAACACCAGAGCUCCCAUUUUCUAGUCCUGACCGCAAUGGAUGGGGGUGACCCAGUCCGAAGUGGCACCAUUCAAAUCAGGAUUGAGGUCACUGAUGCCAACGAUAACCCCCCAGUGUUCAGUCAGGAUGUGUACAAAGUUAGCCUUCCAGAGAACUUGCCCUUGGGCACCUCUGUGCUCAAGGUGACAGCCAUCGACCAGGAUGAGGGCAUCAAUGCAGAGAUCACCUACUCCUUCAAAACACUAAGAGAUAUUGGAAAUAUGUUUAUGCUAGACCAUCAAAAUGGAGAAAUUAAAUCCAAAGGUCCUAUAGACUUUGAAAUUAGGAGUAGUUAUACCAUGAGCAUAGAAGCCAAGGAUGGUGGAGGCAUGGCCACUGAAUGUAAAAUUAUAAUAGAAAUUUUAGAUGAGAAUGACAAUGCCCCAGAGGUUAUUUUCACUUCAGUGUCUAAUUCCAUAACCGAGGGUGCAGAACACGGGAUGGUGAUUGCUCUGUUCAAAACACAUGACAAAGAUUCCGGCCAAAAUGGAGAGGUCACAUGCCUCAUAAAAGAAACAGUUCCUUUCAGAAUUGAAUCUUCUGCCAAUAAUUACUACAAGCUUGUAACAGAUGGGUCCUUGGACCGGGAGAAGACCCCUUCGUACAAUGUCACUAUCACAGCCACUGACAGGGGAAAGCCACCCCUUUCCUCCAGCUCAAGUAUCACUCUGCACAUCGAAGAUGUCAACGACAAUGCUCCAGUUUUUGAACAGGCUUUCUAUUUGGUCCACAUUGCCGAGAACAACCCUCCGGGUGCCUCCAUCGCCCAAGUCAGCGCCUCGGACCCCGACCUGGGGCCCAACGGCCGCGUCUCCUACUCCAUCGUGGCCAGCGACCUGGAGCCACGCGCGCUGGCGUCCUACGUGUCCGUGAGCGCGCAGAGCGGGGUGGUGUUCGCGCAGCGCGCCUUCGACCACGAGCAGCUGCGCGCCUUCGAGCUGACCCUGCAGGCGCGCGACCAGGGCUCGCCCGCGCUCCGCGCCAACGUGAGCCUGCGCGUGUUGGUGGGCGACCGCAACGACAACGCGCCCCGGGUGCUGUACCCGGCGCUGGGGCCCGACGGCUCGGCGCUCUUCGACACGGUGCCGCGCGCCGCGCAGCCCGGCUACCUGGUCACCAAGGUGGUGGCGGUGGACGCCGACUCGGGACACAAUGCCUGGCUGUCGUACCACGUGCUGCAGGCCAGCGAGCCGGGACUCUUCAGCCUGGGGCUGCGCACGGGCGAGGUGCGCACGGCGCGCGCUUUGGGCGACAGGGACGCGGCCCGCCAGCGCCUGCUGGUCGCUGUGCGGGAUGGGGGACAGCCGCCCCUCUCGGCCACAGCCACGCUGCUCCUGGUUUUCGCCGACAGCCUACAAGAAGUGCCGCCAGAUGUCAGCGACCGCCCGGCGCCCUCUGACCCCCAGGCUGAGCUGCAGUUUUACCUGGUGGUGGCUUUGGCCCUGAUCUCGGUGCUCUUCCUCCUCGCGGUGAUUCUGGCGGUUGCCCUGCGCCUGGGACGCUCCUCCCACCCCGCUGCCUGGGGCUGCUUUCAGCCUGGUCUCUGUUAUAAGACUGGACCAGGGGUUUCUCCCAACUACAACCCGGGAACUUUGCCUUAUUCCUACAAUAUGUACGUUGCCUCUGAUUCUCAGAAAGCAAGGCUUAAUUUUCUCACUAUGACGUCAGAAAUGGGCCUCCAACAAGAACUCUCUAAUGAAGCUUCUUUGGUAAUAAGUUUCACUGAGGAGAAUAACCAAUUAAACUCUCACACUGAUGCUUCUGCUCACGUGAGUGUCAAUAAACAGGUUUGGUUUAAUUUUCAAAAUAGUUUGGCAAAAGAAGUCCUAAACAGAUCCUAUCUACUAUCACUUCAUUUGCUUACCCACUCUCAGUAUUUUCUUUUCCUUUUUCUGUGGGCCAGUAACUUCAUUAUUAGCCCUCAAGUAUUUUGAAAUAUUUUGACAAUUUUACCUGAGAUAGUCUUUAUCCACGUACACACAACAUCUCCUUUAUGGUGACAAGUGGGUAUUAUGAUGCUGUUGCCACAGAAAUAUUUGUAACUGAAGCAUAAAUGUUUUCUUUCUGUGGGUGUUUCUCAGAACAUC